GUCUCGUCUCCGCCGCUCGUUCACUUGAUCAGUCAGUCGCGCGUCGGUUUCGAACCACUAUAUACUUAACUUGUUUUAAUUUUAGUAAUUAAUAUAAAAAUCAGAACAAUCAUGAGCUCCAAUGAUAAAAACAGUGAAGUGGCCGUAGACAAGGUUGGCGAAUCGGGAGACACGAAAAGUGAUCUAAAGGGAGCCAAAAGGGCAGCAGAGGAAAAAGUUACGGAGGCGAAAAAGGCGCGAAAAGAGGAGAACGGCGGCGGUGGUGAUGAUGGAGCCCACAGUGAAGAAGAGGACAUAGAAGGAGAGGGUGAAGAAGGAGAGGAUGAUGAUGAAGAAGUGGAGGGGGAGGAAGGUGAAGAAGAUGAGGAAGAAUUAGCUGAAGAAGACGAUGACGACAUUGAAGAUGAAGAAGUUGAGGAGGAGUUAAUAGAUGAAGAAGAAGAAGAUGACGCGUAAUAGGGCUCACGCCUUUCUAUGGACAAUGUCACAGUGUAGUAAUUAUGAGUGCAUGUGACGCCCGGUUUCGGCCUCGGUUCGCCCCAACUGAAAGCGACAGCGGCACCAGCCCAGUUGGGAACUUCCGAGGCCCCACGCUCCCACCUAAAAACGGGUGCACCUCUGUUUAAAUGACAAGAUUGUAAUUAAGUCUAAAUCCAGUGAUUUUCAUUUUUUUACCAAGUUCAAGUAUGGUUACUGGUUGCAACAAAUAUCUCUUAAGACUUAGUAGAAUGCUGUUGAAUUUUGUCAUGAAAUGUACAAAUGUGUUUUGAAAGUAAAAUUAAUUUCUAAGUGAAUCCAUUCUGUAUUUAGGUUAAACUGUGAGCCCUAAUGGUGAAGUUGUGAUAUUUUUCUGUACCGACCAAUGACCAUAUAUUUUCACAUACAGUAAUUGUAACCACAAUAAUUGUUAUAAUUUAUAGAAUAAGUCACAAGGCUCAUACUUUUAUUGCGGGUGAUGAGUUUGUGUGUACAUAUUUAGCAUAAGUGGAGCUUAAGAAUUGCAAAUCAUUGUGAAAUAUCACAAUAUUAAUAACUCUUAUUAUACAAAACAACCAGACCUCCCCUCAAUUUACUAUCGUUUCAUUCGAAACUUUGCUAAAAAUUACAAAUAUUGUAAUUUUGAUACGUAAAGUCUCGGAUUGCAAUAGUUAACUAACUUCCCCUGUGUAUUAACACAAGAAAAACAUCACAAUUUUGCCAUUAUCUUGUGCACAUCGCGCGCCCGCUCGCUCCCCUAACGACUGAUAACGAGAGCGCGACGGCCGCCGCGUAACGCGUUGCGAUAGCGAGCCUUCAUACCUAAAACCGGCCUGUAAUUUUGUCCAUAUUUUAAUUUCGGCUAGGUACCUAUUUGAAGUUUCGAAGAACGGAAUAAGAGAUUCCUAGGUUAAAAAUUAGAAUGUAGGUUGGUACGUAACAAUAAUUCAUGAGGGGACGCGCCGGGUGCUAGCCGGGGGAGAGGGGAAUGUGCGGCUUGUGGCGUCAGCGUCUCCCCUCCCGCGGAGCGCGUGGCCUCGUUCGAUUUGCCGCGCUGGGCUUGGGUCCCCGCGCCCCUCGCCUUCACUGGCGUCUGUCGCGACCGACACCUACCGAGCGACGGCAACGCGUCGGCCGCCAUGAAAAUCACUCAUCGAGCGAUAUCCAUUGCUGCUCGAUACGUUGCACUCCUAUCAUAGCGAUGUAUGACGAGGCUUUGUCUAACGUCGAUUCCAUGUGCAUAUUGUUUUCUCGUAUUUCGCGCGCUCGUUGCUGAAUGCCGGUCGAUUAAACAAUAACGUGCCGUAAAUGGUUAUAUUUUUUUUACCUAACACCUGGCAUACAGUAGACGGCGUUGUGGAUCGAGCGGCUUAACUAAUAUUUCUCCACUGACAUUAAAAUAAUACAAUUGGGGGAUAUUAUUUUAAUACAUUCGUUACAUAUAGUAAUAAUACUUAUAGUAGUUAUGGACAAUGAAAUAAAUUCAAAUUUUAAAUGAACUUUUAUCCUUAAUUCUGACGUCCCGCCUUUUUUAAAUGGUAAGAUUACUAUGCUGUCGCAUAUUGUGUACGAUGUACGGCUGAUGUGAAUACCUUAGUACGAUUUAUUUAUUUGUGAUGUUAAACACAUUGAUUUUCUACAAUGGACUAAAUGUAAAUACAACUGAUUUAAGUAAAACGUUAUUUUGUUUUC